AUGGAGGCAACACAAGAAUCAACCCAACCGUACACGGACCCUCGGCGCGGCGGACUAAAUAAUUCUGGUUUGCUUGAGGAAGACUUGUCAGAUGUCGUCUGUAUCCUCCACCCUAGCUCUCCUCAGGCUCUCGAUGCAGUGGCCGCUACAGCUCGCGUCGCGCCUUGGCAUAUUCUGCAAAAGGACGUACUGGAGUAUGGAGUACCCAGCACUGCGGCCCUAGACAUCGCGCUGAGAUUGUCUUCCAAUGUGAAUGACCCAGCCCGUGGAUUCUGCUUUGGGCGUACCCUUGGUCGCUCCGAUAUUCUUCUUUGUGCGGACAAUGUGUCCAAGCGUAUUUCCAACACCCACUUCCGCAUCUACAUCACAAACGACUCCAUUCUCAUGCUCGAGGAUGUCUCUACCAACGGCACUAUUGUAGACAACUGCCGCCUCAAAAAGCGAGAGAAAGAGAACAGCCGAAUGUUAACGAACGGCUCCGUUAUCUCCGUCGUCAAUGGUGACUAUUCAACAAACGAGGUCAAGUUUGUGGUCCGUUUGCCCAAUAGGGAAGGGUUUACAGACAUUUAUAACCAGAACCUUCAAACUCACCUUGGUAAACUUCAUGGCGGCCGCCCUGGCACUGUGCAACAAGGGAGACGUCAGCCGUCGGGCCUUAGCAUCCCGUCAUGGAAUAGUCAUGGAAUGCAUUGGUCUGGUGGUCCCACUUACAAUGUCACUGGACAGAUCGGAAAGGGUGCAUUUGCCGUGGUUUAUAAGCUGGCUACAAGACAACAUGGGGCUGUGUAUGCGGCCAAGGAACUCGACAAACGCCGCUUCAUGAAAAAUGGUAUCUUGGAUCAAAAGGUUGACAACGAGUUGAAGAUCAUGAAGGAUCUAAAACAUCCGAACAUCGUCCAAUACAUUGACCACCAUGAGCAUGACCGUUGGAUCUAUAUCAUCAUGGAGUAUGUCCCUUGCGGCGAGCUAUCGACGUAUCUACACAACAUGGUCAACAUUCCCGAGGACAUGGUAAAGACAAUAGCGCGACAAGUACUCCACGCGCUGAAAUACCUUCACAAGCGCAGAAUUACCCAUCGCGACAUCAAGCCAGACAAUAUCUUGAUUGCAUCUCACGAGCCUUUGAAGGUGAAGCUCUCGGACUUCGGCUUGUCCAAGGUUACCCAAGAGGAGACGUUUCUUAAAACCUUCUGCGGAACCCUCCUCUAUUGCGCUCCAGAAGUCUACCCCGAGUACGACAUGUACCGACGCGGCGAGGUGAGAAAGCGGCGCAGGGCCGGUGAUCCAGCACCAAAAACCUCCCCGUAUGAUCAAUCCGUCGAUAUGUACUCGCUAGGUGCUGUCCUUUUCCAUCUCCUUGCGGGAAUCCCUCCGUACACCGGCCGAGGCGAUGAUCGAGGAGCACAGAUGCUGCGAACAAUCAUGACAACGGAGCCGGACUUCGAUGUACUCCGCACCGCAGGCGUCUCAGAAGCGGGAGUUGACUUGGUAUCUAAGCUACUCAACCGCGACCCUCUGCUUCGCCCUAAAGAGCGCGAAUGCCUCAAACAUCCUUGGCUAGUUGAUGUUCCUGAUAUCGACGUAUAUGAGGACGACGGCUUGGAAUCUGAUUAUUCAGAUGGUCUUUCUGCCAUCGGUGAAGUCGCGGAGGAUGAUUUGGAUGCAUCUCAGCUUUCCUUAGAGGAAAACCUGGAUUUCGAGGAAGAGCCCGCAGAAAAUGGCAGUGAUUUGGCCCAGUCAAAACGACCAAGGAUUGAUUCUCCCCCUGCAGAUAUCCGUUACCCGUCGCUUCCCAGUCUUGAGGUCUCUCAGCAUCCGCAGCAACCAUCCCAGGUCACUCCCAGGCGCCUUUUUGGAGAAAUAACUUCGUCAGCUUUACGCAGUUCCCAUGCCUUGGGCGACAACAUGGAUGCAAUCCAGGAUGGCAGUCACAGCGUCCAGGAUUUCAUUUCUUCAGCCGGUGAGUCCAUGAUCAGUUAUGGCAACAGCCUCAACUCCGUCCUAUCUCUUCCGGAAAACCCCGUUGCUGGAUCGGCACUUAGCUUACUGGGCGCUGAGAAUCUCGUCCGGCAGCUCAACAUGAACUCGUGGCACCCUGGCACUUCCAGAAACCCUCUCCUCAGUACCGAGACGGCAAGUCCUCAACCCAAUGAUGGUGAUGGACUUGUCGACGAUCAAGUUCAGGAAGAAAUUCCGCACGCCGGUUCUCUUACCACCCCCAAAGCGGCCAAAUUCAGUCGACGGAUCGAGUUGCAGUUGCCGGACACUGCGAGCGAACGCUCUAGCUCGGAUGAUAGUAAUAUACGAAUUGCAGGUGGCCGAUCUAGGAACUCCACGCGCGAACCGGGCGAGAUUUUCGACAUUGAACUUGCUAAUACCAUUGACGCCAAAACUGGACUGGCAAUCCCUGACGAUGCUGAAUCAAAGGGUUUCGAACCACCUGCAGACCCUUCACAAGCUGGAGGGCCUGUAGCAACACCAAGACCUCUGCCGAUACCUGGCAAGUCACGACCCCUACUAGGAAAACUGACUACGUUACCCGGUUCUAUCUUCGAUCUCACCCUCCGACUUGAGAAUCGAAUGACGUCUUGGGGCCGUGGCCCUCUAGCAAGUAUCUGUUAUCCUGAUCCUUUCGAUGCUCGCAUACCUGCCUACGCUCUUGAAGUUACCUUUUGGGCUCCUAGGCUUGAGGAGCGUGUCGCCUCCGGGCAGGAUUGGAUGACCAUCCCAGGGACAACGGCGCAACUUUCGACAAAAACGCGUAGAUGCAUCUGGGUGAACGACGUUGAACUAAAGAAGGGUCCAGAAGGGAACCUUCAUUUCGGCAGGCUAUAUACCGGUGACAUCAUUACGGUUUAUCGACAUCGCAAUAAGUUCCUAAAAUUCAAAUGCGAGUUCUACCACGGAGACAGCGCGCGCGAGCGACCGGAGCACGAGAAGGGUUUUGCAGUGCGCAAAGUUCUGACGUCCAAGAACGGGGCAGUGAACCAGCAACCGGUGCGGCGAAACCCUACCGCGAAGAAAUAA